AUGGCUUCUCGAGAUGGUAAGACCACUUCGCCAGCAAAUACACGAGACACGGUCAUAGCUUGGAAUUCGAACAGGCUAUACCUCGACAGAAACGAUCCCGAGGCUGGGCCGAAGCAUAUUGAGCGAGAGCACAGCUUGGUACGAAUUCACCCAGCCACAGGGUGGAAAGCCUUGUGGGUAAACCGAAGCUUCACCAAGCGCAUUGUCGGUCUCGACCAGGCAGGAAGUGACGUGAUCUUGAAUUACCUUUUCUCCGUACAUGAAGGCAAUAUCGACAUCCAGGUCCGAUUCAAGUGGACCCCACGGACCUCUGCCCUGUGGGACAAUAGAAUCACGAUCCAUAAUGCUAGCUGGGACUACGAAGGUCGCGAGCCACGACAUGGUACGAGGGUGACAUCGCUAGCCGAAGAGCCUUAUUUUGACGCAAGCGCGCCAAGCCGAAGGCAGGCGUUGGGCCUGGAUGGCUGA